GAGCAGAGAACAACAAACAAGAUAGGGUGAAGACCGUCGGGAUGGAUGCAGCUACCUUGACAUACGACACACUUCGAUUUGGAGAGUUUGAAGAUUUUCCUGAGACCUCAGAACCUGUGUGGAUCUUAGGGAAAGAAUACAAUGCACUCACAGAGAGAGACGAGAUUUUAUCAGAUGUCACUUCACGACUGUGGUUCACAUACAGAAAAAACUUCCCACCGAUUGGUGGGACAGGACCAACAUCAGAUACAGGAUGGGGAUGUAUGUUACGAUGCGGCCAGAUGAUCUUAGGGGAGGCCUUGAUGUGUAGACAUUUAGGCAGAGACUGGAGAUGGGCCAGAGGCCAGAAACAAAGAGAAGAGUACAUCAGUAUUCUCAACGCCUUCAUUGACAAAAAAGACAGUUAUUAUUCCAUCCAUCAAAUUGCCCAAAUGGGAGUUGGAGAGGGAAAGCCUAUAGGCCAGUGGUAUGGACCAAACACAGUUGCCCAAGUUCUAAAGAAGCUGGCAGUGUUUGAUACAUGGAGCCGAUUAGUUGUACACGUGGCGAUGGACAACACUGUGGUUAUCGAGGAGAUCAAGCGUCUCUGCAUGCCCUGGCUGGACGUUGCAGGAGCCUGUGGAGAGGCAGAGGCAGUGGGAGAGCUCAAUGGCUGCCUCGAGGGUGCAUGUGCGCUGGCUGAGGAGGAGACAGCUCUCUGGAAACCUCUGGUGCUGCUCAUCCCCCUCAGGCUGGGCCUGAGUGAUAUAAAUGAAGCCUACAUUGAAACCCUCAAGCAAUGCUUCAUGCUGCCUCAGUCCCUGGGUGUUAUUGGGGGAAAACCCAACAGUGCCCAUUACUUCAUUGGUUAUGUCGGAGAGGAACUCAUCUAUUUAGACCCACACACCACACAGCCUGCAGUGGAGCCGUGUGAAGACAACCAGGUCCCUGAUGAGACGUACCAUUGUCAGCACCCACCCUGUCGAAUGCACAUCUGUGAACUGGACCCAUCCAUUGCAGCGGGCUUCUUCUGCAGAACAGAGGACGAGUUCGAUGACUGGUGUAUGCGCAUAAGAAGGCUGUCCUGCAAAAGAGGAGGUCUCCCCAUGUUUGAACUAGUAGACAGUCAGCCUUCUCACAUGGUCAGCGUGGAUGCCCUUAACCUUACUCCUGACGCUCCCUUCGCAGACUUCUCAGACUCGGACCGGUUGGAACGGUUCUUUGAUUCAGAAGACGAAGAGUUUGAGAUCCUUUCCCUGUGAGGAACAAAUGAACAAUGAUUUCCUGUUCUCGACAGCAGGCGAGACAUUCUCUGUCUCUUCUCUGUAUCAGAAGGGAAGCCUGAGGGGAUGAACAUUAUUUGGAGACCUCUUGAGCCAGUCCAGCUCCAAUGGCGAUUGAAGAACGCUGUGUGACACACACUGACUACAGCAUGUGUCACACAGCGUUCUUUAACCUCUGAUUGCUCUCAGUAUCCAACAUUGAGACUGCCUGGUGGAAGCCGUAGCAGGAGCUCAGGAUAAAUUCUGUAUGCACAUCUUCACAUAAAUGUGUUUCCAUUUGAGUCUUAACACUUUAAAUGUUUAUUCUGAAGUGACAUGGUGCCUUUCCCUGACUCCAUCAGAAAAAUUGCCAUAACAGUUUUAUGUUGUACAGAACACAAUGGUUAAUAAUGGCUUACGCGGUUUGUCACUAAUAACUGAAGUCUGUAACAGCCUGUAAUGAAACCAAAUUUAGUCAAACCUGCAGACAAGUUGUAUUAAUUGUUCAUGCAAAGUAUCCUUGCCAAGUCUGAACAUAUACACUAGUUUAUUUGAAGAUUGCUUAUUUAAUCAAUACAAUAUAGACAGGUUAAAGAACAAUAGAUAUGUAAGAGGAUUAAAAACUAAAAAUAAAAUCUAAAUCUGAUAUUUCACAGCUGUAUAUUUCUUCAAUUUGAAGACAGUGUGAGAUUAUAUCUGACUCAGUUAAGGCAUUUCUCUUCUGCUUUCAAUCAAGCUACGGCAAGUAAAAAGUGGCACACUGUACAAAGUGUGUAUUUGCAAAAAAGUAAUUUAGUUAUUACAACAGAUAAAAACAUACAAAAAGAACUAAAUCUUGCAUCAUACACAAUGUCUUGGUCUUGAAACUGAAGAUUUACCCAGGCUGGUUUUACAUUCACUUCCAUAGUUCUCCAAGUGGCAGGCUCUGAGCUGUGUUCACAGCAUUAAGGCUGUGGGUGGUGAUGUCCUUGUGCACAUCCUCAAUGCUCUGAGAAGCAUCAAUUACCUAAAACAAACAAUUUAGAUCACAACAAACAUUAAUAUCAAUUGAUUUAAUCAUAUUUAACCUGUCAACUGGGAAUAAAGAUUCAUACCUGCCA